AUGGCUUCCUCGUCAUGGCACGAAGCAUCAUGCAGCAGACCCGAUGUGAGCUUGGCUGGAGGCAUUCCGUUCUGUAUGAGUUGCGGCUCAAUGGGCCCCCUCGACGACCUUGAACCAAGUGAAACACCACCAGCCAUUCCGAUUCUCUCCGGGAAGCGAUCUGGCCUGUCGCUCUCGUGGCCCCAUUCAGUGAAAUAUGCUACGCAACUUACCGACGGCGACGGAAAUGAUCUUGGAGAUGUGCUUCAGUCCGUGCUAUUAACCGAGAAACCUGAUGACUUGCAACUGGAUGUCCAACAGGAAAAAAUAGGGUCGGAUCUGGAAUCCAAUUCUUCGUCGUCCACCAUAGCCCAACAGUGUCGCACCUAUCACCAAAGCCUGGUUCCCUCGGACGAAGUGACGGGCAAUGACAGCAUUCGUCUGCUUCGCCUCGGUAAGGGAAAAGGCUCGGAACCCUUGCACGGUACGCUGGAAACCCGAGAGCUCAAAUACUUUCCCGAGUAUGAAGCUCUGUCCUACACAUGGGCCGAUGCCAACGGCCAGGCUAGCCGGACCAAAAAGUUGUAUCUGGGGAGGGAAUGGGCUGUGUUCCCAAUCACCACAAACUGCGACGCUGCUCUUCGUCAUGUCCGCCUUCCCAACACUGAACGCUACAUCUGGGUCGAUACCGUUUGCAUCAACCAGUUUGACAACCUUGAACGCUCGCAUCAAGUUCAACUCAUGCCUAUGAUCUAUGCCACUGCUCAACGUGUGCUUGUUUACCUCGGUGAAGAUAAACCGGAACGAAGCAUGAUCUCGAGACACCUCCCAGUUUUUUCCAAAGUGAUGGACUGGAGCCAAAAGUGGGAUGACCUGGGACCUAUUCUGCAACGCCCCUACUUCUUUCGGAGCUGGAUUAUACAGGAAAUCGCCUCUGCAAAAACAGCCUUGGUGGCCAAUGGCGAAUCAUGGCGGGUAUGGCCCGUCUAUGACGAGAAAAGCGAUGCGAGCCUGUUUCUCCCCUGGAUUAAGGAAUUCGAAACCCGAAAAUACAAGACCUCCAAGCACCUUUUUCAGCUGAUUACCGACUGCUGGACCUCACAGGCCUACGACCCUCGGGAUAAGGUGUUUUCUCUUCUUGGGGUUAUCACUGGCGCAGCGGCCGACGGUCUGGUGGCCGAUUAUACGCUCACCGUUGAGCAGGUAUACACAGGCCUCGCUUCGUUUGUACUGAAAAAUCAUAAGCAGGCCGAUCUUCUCAAGUACGCUGCUGGUUAUGCCAAAUGCCCAGGGCUGCCCUCAUGGGUGCCGGACUGGGCUAUCCUCUCCCGAAACUGGGACGUCAUGGCUCAAAUACGCGCCUUUCACUCUUUUGACACUCAAGCCAGUCUGAUGAGCGCCUACAAGAUCUCUUCUUACAGGACCGAGCACAUCCGUGAGUCUUGGUUUAUGGACGACGUCAGCAAAGUCAUGUUCGCCGGCAUCGAUAUCCACGGUCCUACUGGCUCUCUAUUUCUGCCUGCGAUGAAAAUCACAGAUCUCCCCUCUGACCAGUACUCACGCGUUCCGGCUCAUCCUACCCUCCAAGUUUUACCCGAUCAACCAUCAUUGCCACCUCCUCACGGCGGCAUGACUUGCUUCCGCGGACCUCUCUUCGUGAUGGCCAUGAUGGGACCAUCAGAUGACACGUCUUGCUUGUCUGUCUGGUUUCUGCAUGGCAUCAAUGCACCCGUCAUCCUUCGACAGUCACAAUCCGGCAACAGCAGCAUCUUUUCCUUCGUCAGCACCUGUCAUGUCAGAGUGCAGACGGGCGUGUGCAUGUUUCAGGGAACUGCUGAGGAAGAAAUGUACAACCCCGCCAGCUACACGAUCAGUGAGAAGGGCUAUACCAUCGGAUCAGAUGCCAAACGCAAGGACAAACAACGCCAAUUUCCACCACCCAAGUUUGAGCCCUGGAAGAGAUCGGUUUUGACCCGACCACGAUUCUUGGAACAUUUUGGCACGGAUCGAAUGGUGUUCGAUCGGUGGGGUGACCUUUACUCGACAGCACUCCAAGAUGCCACAUUGAGAACCUGUGCCGAGUCGCAGCUUGCGAGGUUGCAAGCUCUGGGGGCGCACGCGGAGACGACCUGGACCGAAUUCAUCCAACGCGAAGUGCCGAUCGUCAUUCUGUUGCCAUCGUUGAGGGGGGUUGAUCUGAUGGCACCAGUUGUGUUGCUUUUGGAAGACUUGGCGGAGUCACUCAAGCGGAUGAAAUUAUUCUGGGAAUCGAUCGAGUCCCUUUUGGAAGCAGCCAAGAUGCUGGGGAAUACGGUUGAGGGCGCCAUACGUGAUGAUUACGGGCGGAGGGCAGCAGAGCUGAAAAUAAUGAGUGUCAAGAUGUUUGAAAAGGAGAAAGGUCGAGAAGCAUACGUUGAGGAUGGAGAACCUGGACAAGUUUGGUUGAGCCGGAGUGUCAGGCAGCUGUAUACCUGUUCGACGGAGAAGAAUAUGAAGGAGAUGGUGUUUAAAAUGACGGCAAACUUGGAUGAGCGCGGGGGUUUUGCCGUUGACGGUGAUGGUGGGAGGGAGCAGGAGCAGUCUGAAUGGGCAAAGGAUGGGAUACCGUGUCCGGUGUGGUAUAUGAUCAGGCUAGGGUACCACAGUCGGUGGCUGGGUAUGAGAAAAGACCAGCUGGAGCGUGGUAGGGGCUUUUUGAAUGAUUUGAUAAAUGGGCGCGGGGGGGAUUGGAAGAGGACAGACCUGAUGACGAUGUUGGCUGGGGGGAAGGAGUUGCCUGCUAAGACGCCAAGGGAGCCUGGGGAUGAGGAAGGGAUGAGUGUGAAUGAGGCUAAUCUUGCGAAGACGAGGACGAUGAGGGAUGUGUUUGGGGAGGCGGAGAUGGAGGUGAAGUUGACGAUUAUGGCGGUGAAGAUUUUGAUGGAGAAGAGGAAGGAGUAUGCGAGGUUGAUGAAGGGGGAGUGGAAGAAGAUUGUGAUUGUUUAA